AGUUACAGAAAUCCCGCUAAAAGCAGACUCACCGAGACUGCGGACCAUUUCAUUGCCGCUAAGAGACCCUUCAAGUUAGCAAUUCCUGCAACAAAAUGGAACACUUUGGAUGACGAAAUCGCUUCCAAGAUACCGAAAAACAACGCUGGAAAACCCUGGGUUUGGCUUCAAAAUAUCAGAGAACAUUACGUUGGUGCAAUUAGUUUGAUCCAAGACCGGUACCACUUCUGAGCAAAAAUAUCACAAGCAGACCAAACCUCCAUUUCACCGUGAGAAACCGCUGUGCGUACUGCUGCCGUUGGCGCUGAUCUUUUGGCAUGAACGUGGAAGAAUUUAUGAGGGAUAA